AUGGCGGCGUUGAAGGUGUGCAUGCUGCUGUUCGCGGCCUUAUUCUUCUCGGCGCACAUCCAGCAGCUGUGCGCGGCCUACAAGGUGCGCGGCAAUGGCGUGCGACGGGGAGGCUAUCGAUCGGGCGACCGCGUGCUUGCCCACGUCCGCGGCGCCGUUCGUCACCGGUUUCGGGCACUGGCGCCUUCGGUGGACUGCAUCGUCGAUGGUCUGAAGACGAACAAGCUUCUUCUUACUUAA